AUGGCAGAUGACAAUGAUCAGGGUGAUCGAGUUUAUGCGGAGCUUCAUCCAGUCGCUUCUGACGUUGAAUCGGAAGAUUCCACGCCAGAAGCAGAUAGAUAUUACGCUGAUAGCGACAAUUUAACGGAUGUCGAGCCGAUGAGCAUUGACGGAUUCGAUCAUUAUGCAGAUGAUGAGGCUUCCAUUGAUGGUGAAUCCGAAGAAGAAGAGGAUGAUAAUGACGACAUGUCUGUUCACGACUACCGGUCCAGUCUCUUCUCUGAUUCAGAUUACGACGCAGAUUUUGACGGUUUUGACGAUUGGGACGGUGAUAUGGACGACGUCCCUCUUGAUAGAUUUGUUGAUGAAGAAUUCGAAGAAGCGGCACCAGGCAUUCAGCCUUUGCUUCCUGAGGAUCGCCUUGUUUACAGACAAGAAUCAGAGCUACUCCGGGCCGACUAUGAUCCUGAUCUUCAAGAGCUCUGGGAUAGAAGGUACCGAACGGUCGAAGAAAACCGGGAGCUCGGAAUCGAUGUCUUUAACGGAGGUCCGCCACUUCAGACGCGUAUUGAGUUUUUUGCGCCUCAGGUAUUUUGA